UAUAAGACCAAUCAGACGCUGGAGCCACUGCCUUGCCCCCAGGAGACCUAAGACAUGGCACCUAAGAAGGCCAAGAGAAGGGCAGCAGCAGAGGGGAGCUCCAAUGUCUUCUCCAUGUUUGACCAGACUCAGAUCCAGGAGUUCAAGGAGGCCUUCACUGUAAUUGACCAGAACCGAGAUGGCAUUAUUGACAAAGAGGAUCUUCGGGACACUUUUGCAGCCAUGGGCCGCCUCAAUGUGAAGAAUGAGGAGUUAGAUGCCAUGAUGAAGGAAGCCAGUGGGCCCAUCAACUUCACUGUCUUCCUGACCAUGUUCGGGGAGAAGCUCAAAGGUGCCGAUCCCGAGGAUGUGAUCACUGGAGCCUUCAAGGUCCUGGACCCUGAGGGAAAGGGUACCAUCAAGAAGCAGUUCCUGGAGGAACUGCUUACCACCCAGUGCGACCGCUUCACUCCAGAGGAAAUCAAGAAUAUGUGGGCAGCCUUCCCCCCUGAUGUGGGCGGCAACGUAGACUACAAGAACAUCUGCUACGUCAUCACGCACGGUGACGCCAAGGACCAGGAGUAGAGGAUGUUCUUAGGCUUCUAGCGGCCUAGGCUUCCAGCCAGUCGGUCCCACACCCCGAUUCCCAAUAAAUUUCAACUGGUCUUUGUUUCUUA